GCCCCUGGCCCCACCUCUGCCAGGGGCGGGUGACAGGCCCGCCAGGCUCCUGGCUGCUGGAGUGCGGUCAUCCGGGGUCAUAGAUGGAUGUGCAGCCUCAGGGGAGGGCACGCAGGCCCUGGGAGAGGGAGAAGCUGUGCCCAUGGCGGGAAGGAGGUGUGACUCACCCGUGGGUGCCCGGAGCCCCCCCUGAGGCCUCGUUGCUGGGCAGCGUCAGUGCAGUGAACGCCCCCUGUCCCUGUGGGGCUCACGGUCCGGGGCACCGGACAUCAGCCCGAACUCUGAGGGCUGUGUCGCUGCUCGGGGGCGGGGCGUGCUGGGGACCGUGGUAUUGGAGGCUGCUCAGUAGGGGACGCAGAGAAGGGGCCCUGCAGCUGCGGGUGGAUGGCCCGGGGUCUGAAGUGAGGAGGGAGAGAGCGGAGAGUGCGAGCUCAGAGGCGGAGCUGUCCCCGGAGGAGAAGCGGGUCCUGGAGAGGAAGCUGAAGAAGGAACGGAAGAAAGAGGAGAGAAAGCGGCUCCGGGAGGCGGAGCUGGGCCCAGAAGCGCCAGAGCUGGCGGUUCCAGAAGACGCGGCAGACCUGGCUCCUGCUGCACAUGAUGACUGA